AAAGGCGGUGUCGCCCUUCGCCCCGCCCCUACGCACACGCGCCGGAGAGCGAGUCAGCGUCGAGUGGGCGUGGCGCGGGCCGUGCGCUCCUCCCCCGGGCCGCCGCUCCGCCUCAGGCGCUCCCUCCGGGUGUCCAUGGCGACGGGACGCGGCAGGCUCCUGCAGCAGCACUGGCUCGGGCUCCAGGCGCUGCGUAGGCCGCCCGGCGGCGUGGGCGCGGCCCCGGGGACUGCUUGGCCGGCCGAGUUCAGAAAGGGGCUGGGUGCCUGGUGUGCUGGAAACACUGCCCUGAGACAGUGUGCUGGGCGGGGAAAGUGCUGUGAGCUGCCCUCCACUAGGAGUCCUGUGUCUCUGGAGAGUAUACCUUCAGAAAUCUUGCUGAAGAUCUUUUCCUACUUGGACGCCGUGACCCUGCUGUGUACUGGAUGUGUGAAUAGGCACUUUUAUCAUCUGGCCAAUGACAAUUUUAUUUGGAUCAGAAUCUAUUCAACUGCAUUUUCACCUAAAAGAUCUAAUUGGAAAGUUAACUCAGCAGAGAAGACCGCUGUAUCUAUGAACUCACUGUCGGUUGAGGAUAAAGAACCUGGAUAUUGGAAGAAAGAAUAUAUUACCAAACAAAGAGCAUCUGUGAAAGCAGCACUAGCUCAGGUUCUCAAACCUGUCAACCCUUACACGGGCCUCCCAGUUCAAACCAAAGAGGCCCUCAGAAUAUCUGGUUUAGGUUGGGUAAUUAUAUUGAAAGAAAAAAAUGGAAGAGAGUACAUCAUGGAGCACAUUGACCUUUCCAUAAAUGAUUCAUCAGUGACGAUUAUGUGGUAUGGCAAAACUUGGCCACAGCUAGCCACAUUGUCAACCUUAGAUUUGUGUGGUGUGACGCCACUUUUCAUGGACCGAUCUAAAACCCCCUCCAAAAAUGGACCUCGGUGGCAUUCUUUAAUUGCAAAGUACAAUCUGAGUAACUUAACUGAAUCCACCAUGAUUGGCUGGGACAGACUCAUUCGGAUCUUCUGUCUACACCCAGGCCUCCUGGUGGGCCUGUGGAAGGGGGAGGAAGAAUUGGCUUUUGUUAUGGCAAAUCUUCAUUUCCAUCACCUUGUGGAGAAGAGCACAUUAGGCUCCGCCACUGUCCCCUAUGAGCUACCUCCUCAUACCCCUCUUUUGGAUGACAGCCCAGAGUAUGGACUGCAUGGCUACCAGCUCCAUGUUGAUAUGCACAGCAGUGGGAUUUUCUGCCUGUGUGGUACAUUUCGCAAUCUCUUUACCAAGAAAGGAUCCAUUGAAAAUGGAUAUGUGAAGCUUGUUGUUAUAAGUUUUAAAAAUAACACAGAACACCUACCUCUUAUUGGAAAAGUUGGCCUCUCUUGGAGAACUGAUAUUUUCGAUGGCUGUAUAAAGAGUUGUUCUAUAAUGGACGUAACCCUUUUGGAUGAAUAUGGGAAACCCUUUUGGUGUUUCAGUUCCCCUGUUUGCAUGAGAUCUUCCGGGCCCUCUGAUGGGCCUAACUUCUUGGGACAGACUUACUAUGUUGACUAUGUGGACUCGGAAGGAAGAGUGCACGUGGAGCUGGUGUGGAUCAAAGAGACAGAAGAAUACUUCAUCGUCAGCCUGGUCCUUUACCUGAGGGUAGCAAAAAUAAACCACUGGUUUGGGACAACAUACUGAGUAUUGGCAGGAGGUGGCGAAUUACUGUUGCUGUUUAUUUAUUUUGGACUCACGAGUUGUGUUAUUGGUGUUGGAAGUUGAAAUAAAGCAGUAGUCUGUUUGA